AUGCUCUCCUCAUUCUCAGUUCUAUUCAUUUCGCUGUUCACUCUUCAUCCUGAAUCCAAGCUACAGACGUCUAAUGCGCCAGCCGUGGCGCCUCUCGUCACGGGGCCCGCCGUGGGGCGUGGGGAGGGCGCUGCUGGGAGUGGUGUGGGUGGCGGGAUGGGCGGGGCUGUGCGCGUGGGUGGUGUGGUUCGCGCACACGCAGGCCGCCAAUCCGCGGGAGGAGGCGAUGCGCGGGUGGUGCCACUUGCGCGUGCGCUACCUCUACCAGCGCGUGCUCUCGUCCGUCUCGCGCGUGCAGGAGAUGUCAGCGCUGCUGCGCGUUUUGAACGGGUACGACCCGUGGAGAAGCAGCACGAGUCUGACCUAUUGGGGCAUGGCGGGAUGUGCAUCACCCCUGCUGACCUCGUUGCGUCAAUCCUGCGUGUGUUCAACGGGUACGGCCCCCCCAGCAGCACCAACCUGACCUACUGGGGCGUGGCGGGGUGUGCCAAUAACAACAGUCUGAUGCGAUACAAAGACGCCACCACCGCCAUGGGAUUGGAUUACCUCACCCUAGGGACAGUGCUCAUGCUCGUGAAGGACAGCGACAGGGCACUGGUCGAGCGCAUAACAGGCAUGGACAUCAAGUCUCCUCUCGGGCUGCCCUCCCCUCGCAAGCCGCACUACAUCAUCAACUUUCUCCCCGGAUACGCCUACCUCGCCAAUCUCGAGGCCUUCAUCGAUUUCUCCGCCAUGGCCCCCCCGGCGCUCCUCUCCUCCAUUCUCGAUGGCAACUCUGCCUCUUUGCCGCCUGUCUUUUUCAACAAUGACUUGCGUGUGGGCACUGUGAUGGUGGUGCCUAUAUUCCGCCAUCUCGUCCCCGAGAACGCAACACUGGAGCAGCGGAGGGCGAGUGUGAGUCCCACCGCAUGGACCGACCUCAGCUAUAUGGGCAACGAGCUACAAGACGUUCUUCACCUGCUGCAUAACGACAGCAGCGCCAGCUCCUAUUCUAUCGCCCUGUACGACACCACCGACCCGAAGCAGCCCAUUCAGGUGCUCGGCCCGGAUCCAGUCAAGAUGGAGAGCGGCACCCUCUUCCCUUACGUGCUGCCGGGCCCUGUCGUGCCUUACCCCAAGCACAUUGAGUCGUUUCCUGACGACCUGCUGGACCGCAAAUACGAGGCACACUGCAGGUUUGAGGGCCCCUACCCCAGGUGGGACCUGGUUGUUGCUCCCAUGCUGCUAGGCCUGCUGGUGCUGGUGGUAGCCGUGCUGCUGUCUCUCGUGAUUGCCGUGCUGGCAUGGAAGAGGCGGCAGAUGGCGGAGGGGGUGAGAGAGAUGCAGCUGUGUACGGCGGCGCUGGAGAGGGCCGAGAAGUCCAAGAGUGAGACGGUGGCCAACACGUCUCAUGAGCUGCGCACGCCACUCAUCGGCGUGAUAGGCAUGAUAGAGGAGCUGCUGGAGUCGCAACUGGAAGAGUGGCAACGUGAGGAUCUAAGGAUCGCGAGGGCGUGUGCGGGUGAGACGGUGGAGCUGAUCAACCGCGUGCUGGACCUCGCCAAGUUGCAGGCAGGACGGCUGCAGCUCGAGACCCUCCCCUGCUGCCUGCGCCGCAUUGUGCACGAGGCCACUUCAGCCACUUCAGCAGUUGAUGAACCGAUAGCACCGGGGAAGAAUCUGCAAGUGACAUGCCACGUGGAGGAGAGUGUGCCGGAUGUGCUCAUGGGGGAUCCGACUCGCCUGGCGCAAGUCGUUGAGGAGCUCACAGUAACAUGCCAAGUGAAAUCGUGUCUGUCUGUCCUGUUGUCCCCUUGCCCCCACCUCUCCCCUGCAGCCCACGCCAUGAGCAACGUUGCUGGUGGUCAAGUGGCCUUCCACGUCUGCUGCAUCCCUCCCCCGCCUCUCCCACAUGCCUCAACAAGCCGAUUCCAUCUCCCCUGCGCAUCUGCUAGUGCCGCCGUUUCCCCUGCCUCACCACCUCCUCACGCUUCCUCCUCACACCACCUCCCUUCGGGCUCCCCCGCGUGGCACCAGCUGUCUGCUUGUGUGCGCCGCUUCCCACCUUCCACCCAUCUGGCACGCCUCCCACAGCGCCACGUUGCAAGAGGCAACAGGGGGGGGGCAGGGCAGGCAGGGGGUACUUCUGAGCUGCCUCACGAGUCGCCCCUCACCCACCUCUCGCGUUUUCUCCAGCGCAUGGGGGCUUCAGGCACAGGGGGUUCAAAGAAAGCAAGUGUGGGGGAGGAGAGUGAGGAGGCACAGGGUGGGAGUGGGCAUGGGCGGUUGGAGGAGGAGGUGAGGGAGUGGGUGGAGGGAGUGUGUGCGGCAAGAGAGGAGGGCGAGUGGAUGGUGGUGAUGGCGUGUGAAGACUCGGGCGGUGGUAUACUACCCGAGGAGCUGCGGUGGGUGCUGGACCCAUAUGGGGACUCCCACCACGCCGCUGCAGCACACCCUUCUCGUGCCAGUGUUGCGGGUUCAGCCGGCGGUGAUGGCAACGACAACGACGGCGAUGACACCAAGGAUACUUUCUUCCCCCACCUCUUCAGUCGCCGGGGCAGCAGGGCAGCAGCAACUGCCGCUCUCACGCACGACCAGAGGUCGGCUGCUCGCCCCCGCUGGACGCCCUACCCCGUCCGCUUCCUGCUCUCCACCGCGCUUGUGAGUGCCAUCCUCCCCCGGGGACUGUUGAUUGACUCAAAGGGCAGCAGCCACAGCCCCUCUCAUGCACGACCAGAGGUCCGCUUUUCUCCCCCGCUGGACGCCCUACCCCGUCCGCUUCCUGCUCUCCACUGCUCUUGUGAGUAUCAUCCUCCCCGUAUCAUCCUCCCCGUAUCAUCCUCCCCCCACUCCCCCUUUCUCCCCGAGAAGGGGGCUGAGAUUAGGGGAGACAUGGCAGUGCUGCCACAUGCCUCUACUGCUACCACCAUUCUAACCUUGUCUCUCCCCACCCCUUCUGCGCCCCUCCUUCUCACUUCCCUUUUUUCACCCCAACAGGUGGCGGAGAUGCGGGGAGACAUGGCAGUGCUGCCACAUGCCUCUACUGCUACCACCAUUCUAACCUUGUCUCUCCCCACCCCUUCUGCGCCCCUCCUUCUCACUUCCCUUUUUUCACCCCAACAGGUGGCGGAGAUGCGGGGAGACAUGGCAGUGGCUGAGAUGCGGGGAGACAUGGCAGUGCUGUCACACGCCGCCACAGGCACCACCAUUCUGCUGGCUCUGCCCAUGGGGGGAGGGGAGGACAGCGGCAGCUUCGCCGAUUGGGGGGAAGAUGAGGAGAGUGGUGGUGAAAGGGAUGGGUGCGGGUCAGGGAGUGACGGGGAGAGUGUGGAAUUUGCGAGUGUUGCAAUGCAGGCACCUGGGCAGGAGCAGGCAAGCCUGCAGGAGCAUCCACCUGGGCAGCAGCAGCAGCAGCAGCAGCAGCAGCAGCAGCAGCAGCAGCAGCAGCAGCAGCAGCAGCAGCAGCAGCAGCAGCAGCAGCAGCAGCAGCAGCAGCAGCAGCAGCAGCAGCAGCAGCAGCAGCAGCAGCAGCAGCAGCAGCAGCAGCAGCAGCAGCAGCAGCAGCAGCAGCAGCAGCAGCAGCAGCAGCAGCAGCAGCAGCAGCAGCAGCAGCAGCAGCAGCAGCAGCAGCAGCAGCAGCAGCAGCAGCAGCAGCAGCAGCAGCAGCAGCAGCAGCAGCAGCAGCAAGCAUCUGGGCAGCAGCAGCAGCAGCAGCAGCAAGCAUCUGUGGAGCAGCAGCAGCAGCAGGCACCUCUGCAGCAGCGGGCAGCACGAGCGCACUCUCACUCUCACCUCGAGCCGCGAGCUGGCAUAGUCGAAUCCUUGGAGCGUGCAGUAGAGGCGGACAGGGUAUUGCCAGCAGAGGAAAAGUCAGUGGCAGUGGUGGGAAGGGCAGGGCAGCAGGCAGCACGGUCGCAUUCGCUCCCGAAACCUGGGCAGCAGCAGGCAAGCCUGCAGCAGCAUCCAUUUGGGCCGCAGCAGGAGCCUCUGCAGCAGCGGGCAGCACGAGCCCACUCUCGCAGGGCGGGGCCGUGGACAGCACAGUCGCACUCGCUCCUGAAACCCCACUCCCAGACGCGAGCUGGCAUAUUCAAAUCCUUGGAGCGUGCAGGAGAGGCGGACAGGGUGUUGCCAGCAGUGGCGGCAGCGGCACCAGAGGAGGGGGUGUUUCCAGCACGGUCGCACUCGCUCCCGAAACCCCUCUCCCACACGGACGGCAUGGGAGACACGGAGGGGGGGCAGGCUCGUGCAGUGGCGGCAUGUCAAACUGUAUCAGGCCGGAGAAUAACACGGGCGCAAUCGCUCCAACAGCUGCACGCGCACGGGGAGCGUGCAGCAGGGGAGGCGGAGGCGCUGGUGCGAGCGGCGGUGGCGGGGCGGGGGGUGGCGGUGGUGGAUGACAACGCGGUGAACCGCAUGGUGGCCCGCAGAACGCUGCAGGGCUACGGGGCGCACGUGCUGCUGCUUCCCUCUGGGGAGGAGGCGCUGCAGGCGCUCUCGAAUGCAACGCCCUCUGCACCGCCCAUCCAGCUGCUGCUGCUUGAUCUCCACAUGCCGCCUGGCAUCGACGGAUUCGAAACGGCUCGUCAGAUCCGAGCAAUGGAGAGCGCACAGUGUAGCAGCAGCAAGGCAGCACACCAGAUGCCAGAGGGAGACAAUGCUGCCACUGAUGCAGCAGCAGCAGCAACAGCAGCAGCCGAAACAGCAGCAGCGGCAGCAGCAAGUGCAAUUGAUGCAACCACAGCAGUACCACAAGAAGAGCGCCUUUGCAUCAUAGCAUUAACAGCUGAUUUGGAUGCGGGAGUGAAGCGAGCGUGCUUGGAGGCCGGGAUGGAUGGGGCACGUGCUGUGUGCUCUGGGGAUUGGGUUGCUGGCGUGCUGUGUGCUCUGGGGAUUGGGUUGCUGGCGUGCUGUGUGCUCUGGGGAUUGGGGUUGCUGGCGUGCUGUGUGCUCUGGGGAUUGGGUUGCUGGCGUGCUGUGUGCUCUGGGGGUUGGGUUGCUGGCGUGCUGUGUGCUCUGGGGAUUGGGUUGCUGGCGUGCUGUGUGCUCUGGGGAUUGGGUUGCUGGCGUGCUGUGUGCUCUGGGGAUUGGGUUGCUGGCGUGCUGUGUGCUCUGGGGAUUGGGUUGCUAGCGUGCUGUGUGCUCUGGGGAUUGGGUUGCUGGCGUGCUGUGUGCUCUGGGGAUUGGGUUGCUGGCGUGCUGUGUGCUCUGGGGAUUGGGUUGCUGGCGUGCUGUGUGCUCUGGGGGUUGGGUUGCUGGCGUGCUGUGUGCUCUGGGGAUUGA